GAUAUUGUUGGAAGUUCCACGUUUCUUCGACAACUUAAUGUAGUAUUGUGCAUAACCUCAAACAAGUUUUGUUACAAUUUGUUAUAAACAUAUGACCAUAAGGAAAUACAAGACUCAAAAACAUUAUAAAUUACAAUUAUGGAGAAAAACAUAAAACCGCUUUUGGAAGAAAAUGGCAACUCAGAGUUGCUAGGCAUACUAGCUGCUGUGUUUGCUAUUAUUAUAACGUUAGUUUUGUUUGCACUUUGGCGCAAGAAGAGGUCCGCAGGCCGUAGUAUCCUUCUAACAGGACUCAGUGACAGUGGAAAAACAUUAAUUUACGCAAGGUUAAUAAAUUCCAAAUUUGCCAAAACAUACACAUCUGUUAAGGAAAAUAUAGGAGAUAUCGCAAUCAACAAUAGUUCUUUGAGAAUAGUGGAUAUUCCCGGAGAUGAACGAUUACGUAAUAAGUACUUCGAUAAGUAUAAAUCAUUUGCUAAAGGUUUGGUUUACGUGAUUGAUUCAGUUCCUAUCCAAACACAAAUCAAAGAUGUGGCUGAAUAUUUGUAUAACUUAUUGUCAGAUCCCGAUAUACAAAGAAAUGUUCCUAUCCUUAUACUAUGCAACAAGCAAGAUCAAACAAUGGCCAAGGGAUGUUCAGUGAUAAAAGCACUGUUAGAAAGGGAAAUGAAUUUGCUGCGAAUGACAAAGACUAGUCAAUUAGAAGCCACAGACGCAUCAUCUGCUAAUGUCUUUCUUGGAAGACAGGGAAAAGAUUUUGAAUUUUUGCAUUUGGACUCGCAGAUUGACUUCGCAGAAUCACAUGCAUUUCAUAAAGAUCCUCAAGCACCAGUUGAUAUUGAGGAACUUAAGAAAUGGUUACAUAAGAUUGCAUAAUAAUAUAUCUCGCUUUAUUAAAUUAUUUGCAUGGAAAUAAUUAAGUAAUUACUUUACUGGAAGCUAUCUUUUUUAUAUGUGAUCUCAGAAGAAAUCAUUUCAUUUCAUUGUUAAGAAUCUUGAAACUAAUGCAAUAAAUAAAUGUAUCGUUGCA